UUCCUCAGAGAAGACAAUCGUCAAAAAAGAGGAGCUCCGUUGAAAUUUGUAGGUUCGUUUCAACACUGGGCAUUUGGGAUAAUGGACGAUGACGAUCGAGUAGCUAUGGAGAGCAAUAUGAAAAAUCUAUUAGCCAACCAAAAGGAUUUGAAGAAGUUAGCAAAACAACAGACAUCUGUAGUCGACGCUACAGUAAAUCUUUUAAGGAAAACCACAGAGGAAGUGAAUUCGCACUUUUCGGAUAUCAAAGGCAAAAUUGAGAACAUAAGUGCUACAAUGAAUGAGAAUUACUUCGUGUAUAGAGAAUCCAUACGAUUCUUUAUAAUAGCAAAACAAAUUCAUGAGCUUUUGGAAGAAUGUGACGAAGUCCAAAAAGAAGUUGUUGAUGCAUUAAUUGAUGUAAACAGCGGUAAGUUUCAUCCCGUCCUGAUAACACCCAAACAAUUACAAGCAGAGAUAGUAAAAAUACGAGAUGCUCUGCCUGAAAAAUAUGUACUGCCAGGAAAGCGUACAGGAAUGGAAUUAAAAGAGAUCUUACAUUUGAUGACGUGCCACGGAUCGUUUGUGGGGUCCCAACUGGUAAUUAAUAUAAAAAUACCGCUGUUCAAUCGGCAGUCAUCCCAGUUUUACAAAGUAAUUCCGAUACCAUUUGAAGAAGGAAAUACGAUAUUGAUAGCCCGGGUGAAUUCCCCGUACAUUGUAUAUAAUUUUGAGCUGGAUUCUUUUCAUUUCUUAACACAGCCUAUGCUGAAUGAGUGCAAAGAGACGUUGGGUAAGGAGAUAAUGUGCGAAGAGAAUUUUCCAUGGAGAGAUGCAACUACAAAUAAUUGUGAAUUAUCUCCUCUGAGACCGCACAUAAAACUAAACUGCGCCUAUGACGAAGUGGAACGAAUGCCUUAUUGGAUGCCAUUGAAACGAAAUGGCAAUUGGCUUUUUAAAACCUUUUCAAGUACAACAGCUCAUUUGCAAUGCUCUCACAAACAACAGACGAUUAUGGAACUUCCAAAGCAAGGAAUUCUCACGCUGGAUGCAGACUGUACAGCGAGGAUCGGUAAAGAUGUAAGUCCGGACGAAAAAGAAUCAAUCAAACCCCUUGGAAAUAUACUUAUCAAUCAUCAUCAAGAAAUUGACGAGCUAAAGAAAUUCGUGGACAAGUUGAAGAAAGAAAAUGUGGAAUUGCGAGGCUUGAAGUUCCAUCACAUCUCAUCACACGUAGCUUUUAUUUUAGUAAUUAUAGUAAUAAUAAUUCUAAUUAUUUUAUUUAUAAGAAGACAGAAAAAAUUAAAACGCAUAACCGAAAUUCAAUUUCCCCGAGGCCAGGAUGUCUAAAUAAAUUAUUUGCCGCCCGGGAAAAUGUUCAUAAAACUAUGAACAUGAAAGACUGCUGCAAUAAAUUAGAUCGUUAAGUGAUUUAGGCUAUAAAAUGUUUAUGUAAUUUUAACCCAACAUUCUAGAGUACUUGUAAAUGUGUGUGCAUGAAAGAUAAGAGCAUAAGGGAUGAUAACACUUCAUGCUGCUGGAGACGCAUUGAUAAUAAAGAAUAUUCUCCCAUAAACAUGCGCUCAGCUGGGGAGUAAAUAUAGAUCACAGCAAUUGUGUGUUGCAUUAGGCCUAUGCAUAGAAUUAGAAAUGUCAAGUGUUUGUAGCCUUAAGUAGAUGCAUAAGAUUAAACCCCCCUAAGAUUUCUGUUGUGUACUAGCACUUAAGUAAUACAUUUUGUUCAAUAAAAUUAGAAUUAAACUGACAAACGAACAAACAA